AUGAGCUACAAAGAUUCGUUGAGUUUAAUCGUUGGAAAUGCUAUCCCAAUACUAAUAAUUGGGCCUGCAUUCCUCCAAAAAUGCAAACGCUUUCUCCCUAAAUCAUGGCAAGACGUCGCUCAAGCUACUGUCGAGUUUAAGGUAUACAUGACAGAGAUGGUACAAGAAGAAAGAGAAUUAAUCGCUGCAGGCAAAUAGUCAACCCCAAAUUUGAUGACUUUCCUCGUCCGUGCCUCACAGUCUAAUUUCGACUCUAAAAUAGAUGACUCUAGUCUCGGCUGCAAGCAAUACGCUUUAACGGAAGAGGAGAUAUUCGGGAAUAUGUUCGUUUUUAACUUCGCUCGACACGAUACAAUCUCCCAUACGAUCUGCCGGGGCCAUCAAUCUACUUGCUGCACACCUAGAUGUGCAAGAAUGGCUCUCCGAAGAAAUCAAUGCGGUUUUCUUGGAUCCAGAUUCUGCUGCAUGGAAUUAUGAAGAAUCGUUUCCGAAAUUAAAUCGAUGUAUGGCUGCCACGGUAAGUAAAGGCCAAUAGUAAUUGUAAUUUAUACACUAACAAGUAUAACCACAGUUCGAAACACUCCGUCUCUACCAUCCGCUAUUAACAUUCACAAAGUCGACCGGCAACCUCCCGCGCACCGUCACGUAUCACUCUAAUCAGUUAUAUCUACCACCAGACACAAUAAUCUUACCCAAUUUGCUUGGUAUAAAAUGCCAUCCCCGAUAUUGGGGCUCCGAUCGACUCCUCUGGCGCCCUUCACGAUGGAUUGAGGAAUCCACAAAUCCCAAAAUGGUGAAACGACAGAAGGACUAUGGACACCACCAAGAGGCUCAUUCAUGCCUGUAAGUUUAAUUUUUCGCUAUGGAUUUUCCUUUGGAUAUCUAUUUCCGUGCCACAAUUUGGAGUACAAUACUCUGCAUCUUCCUUUAUGUAUCUUUCUUAUUAUCUAAUCCGACAUCAAGCUUCUUGUUUAUCUCAUAUACUCUCAAAUCUCUUCAUCGAUAGACAUCUACUAACGCCAGAUCUUGCAGUGGUCCGACGGACCUCGAGGAUGUCCUGGUAAGAAAUUCGGCCAAGUAGAAUUUGUAGCAGCGAUGGGUGGACUAUUCCGCAAUCACAGAGUAGAAGUUGUGCGAGAGGCGGGCGAGACGCAGGAAGCAGCUGAAAAAAGAGUACAGGAAUUAGUUGAUGAUAGUGCGAUGGUACUUUUGUUGCAGAUGAUGAAGCCCGAGAAAGCAGGGCUGAGAUGGGUGAGAAAGGGAUGAAGGAAAUGUAAUUUAAUGUAAGAGGAGAUCUCUGAUUUGGGAAUAUAUCAAUGACUAGAACCAUCUGAUCUAAACUCCACCCAGCCCAACCCUGGCAUAAAAAAACCCAACAUCACAAGAAUCUCA